GACACACAUUUCAGAAAUAACAAUUCUUGGGUUUGGAAAUCUUCAAGAUUUUAAGUAUUUUAUUUUCUUAUUAUUCUUAAUCAUCUACCUGUGCACAGUAACUGGAAAUGCUGUCAUUAUUUUAUUGGUGUCGACAAAUUAUCGUCUUCAAUCACCAAUGUACAUUUUUCUGGGCAACUUGUCCUUCUCCGAUAUCCUGCUAAGCACAAACAUAGCCCCUAGCAUGCUCAAUGCAACAAUAUUAGGGGUUAGCACUGUGUCCCUUAGAAGCUGUAUUGUGCAGUAUUUAGUGUACGGAGGUUCAGCAUGCAUGGAGUGUCUUCUGCUCACCGUUAUGUCCUAUGACCGCUACCUGGCCAUAUGUAAUCCCUUGCACUACACCACAAUUAUGGACCUUAAACUUUGUUUAUAUCUGGUUUUAUGUUCCUGGUUAUUGGGAUUUACUGCAACACUCAUCCCAGUAUUGAUCAUGCAAACCUUGUGGUUCUGUGGUCCCAAUGUUAUUGACCAUUUUUUCUGUGAUUUUGUUCCUCUCCUGGAAUUAUCUUGCUCAGAUGUAACUGUAGCAAAGUAUGUGGUAUUUGCCCUAUCCAGUCUAGCAACAGUUCUUCCAUUCAGUUUCAUCACCUUCACGUAUGUCUGCAUUUUUUUGACCAUCUUGAGGAUUACUUCAGUCACCGGAAGACAGAAAACUUUCUCCACUUGUAGUUCCCACCUUGCCAUUGUAUGUAUCUAUUAUGGUGCACUGUUUGUCAUGUAUGCGGUGCCCUCAGGACAGCAAUCUGUGGCCAUAGAAAAGGUAGUUUCGCUGAUGUACACUGUAGUCACCCCAUUACUGAACCCCAUAAUCUACAGCUUGAGGAACCAAGAGAUCAAGUUGGCCAUACAGAAAUACCUAUCUGUGUAUAAGACAAGCUAUAGAAAUUAAUUAGGGUUAAAAAGGCAUUCCAGUCAUACCCUAACUAAGCCUAAAUCUAUUUUCAUGGAAUGCAUUAAGGUGAAAAAACAUUUACCUUUUCAACCCCUUUAAGGUUGACGGGGUCCAGUGAGGGCUCUUUAGGCAUUGGGGUGAUAUGUGCAUGCUUUAGAGGGGAAGGGAAGGUACCAGUA